CACGAUAACCUAAACUGGCUAAAAGAAAUUAUUUUUAUAUCUUUUGAAAUAUAUUAGAGGGUUUAGAAUUUUUUCUAAAGGUUUAACUCAGACCUCCCUCUGCAACUUCUCCUUUCGUCCAUGGCUGGUGUGAUGAAGAAACGAAAGGCAGGUGCAGUGAAGAAGGUUCAUCCCAACACUCUUAAGAAGAAGAAAAUUGCUCAGCACACUGAUUCCGUUCCAUCACGCAGCAAAAGCAACUUAUUUGAAGAGGACGCCGCCGCUUCUGCCUCUCCCUCUCCUUCUGCGUCUGAUAAGGAAGAGGAGGGAUUUUAUGCGAAUGGCUUUGACAGUGAUAUUUCAUCAGACGGUGAACCUCUAAGAGACGAUUUUAUCGAGGGGGACAAGCUCACCGCUCAUGAUUCGGACCAAGAAGAAAGUGAAGAGGAGGAGCUGGACAUUGAGAAGAAGUCUCGUAUUUUGGAUGCUGAAAAGGAAAGAGAGCACGAUGAAGCAGAUGCUGAAUUGAAGCUGAAUAUUCAGCAAGAGCCCGAUGAUUUCAUACUGCCCACUGCUCAAGAGCUUGAAGAAGAGGGGAAGCGCCCGCCUGAUCUCCCAAACCUUAAGAGGAGAAUAAAAGAGGUUGUUAGGGUCCUGUCCAAUUUCAAAGCUUUAAGGCAAAAAGGGUCUACUCGGAAGGACUAUACUGAGCAGCUUGUUGCAGAUUUGUCUCUAUAUUAUGGCUACAAUGACUAUUUGAUCCAGACCUUCCUCGAGAUGUUUCCUGUUGCUGAAGCAGUAGAGCUUAUUGAAGCAAACGAAUCUCCUCCACCUACAUGCCUCCGGACUAACACUUUAAAGACUCGGAGGAGGGAUCUUGCUGGAGUUUUAAUUAAUCGAGGGGUAAACCUUGAUAUUCUGGGUAAAUGGUCCAAGGUUGGAUUGAUUGUAUAUGAUUCACAAGUGCCUGUAGGUGCUACUCCAGAAUACAUGGCUGGUCAUUACAUGCUUCAAAGUGCCAGUUCAUUUUUGCCAGUGAUUGCAUUGGCUCCUCAGGAAAAAGAGCGAGUUGUAGAUAUGGCAGCUGCUCCUGGAGGCAAAACAACAUACAUCGCUGCUUUAAUGAAAAAUACAGGAAUGAUCUAUGCCAAUGAAUUAAAGAAGGAAAGACUCAAAUCUUUAACAGGCAAUAUUCAUCGGAUGGGUGUGACAAAUACAAUCGUCUGCAAUUAUGAUGGCAACGAGUUGCCAAAAGUAUUGAGUCUAAAUUCAAUGGACAGGGUGCUUUUGGAUGCACCCUGCAGCGGCACUGGUGUCAUACGGAAAGAUGAAAGAGUUAAGACUAACAAGAGUGCUGAGGAUACUUCCAAAUGUUCAUUUUUGCAAAAGAAAUUAAUUUUGGCAGCAAUUGACAUGGUGGAUGCAAAUUCAAAAACAGGGGGUUAUGUGGUAUAUUCAACAUGCUCAAUAAUGGUUGCAGAGAAUGAGGCAGUUGUGGACUAUGCACUUCGUAAGCGUGAUGUAAGAGUUGUCCCAUGCGGUUUGGACUUUGGCCGUUCUGGAUUUGUGCGUUACCGUGAGCAUCGCUUUCAUCCUUCUUUGGAAAAAACUAGGCGUUUCUACCCUCAUGUACACAACAUGGAUGGCUUUUUUGUUGCUAAGCUUAAAAAAAUGAGCAAUGGUAUCCCAAUUCCAAAAGAUGGAGCAGGAGCGGAAGAUCUAGGUAAUAUUGAAAAUGGAGAUGUUGGAAAAGAAGCCGAUGAUAAUGCUACAACUAAGAGUGAAAAAUUAGAUAAUAUAACUUCUGGAAUCAAGAGAAGUUUUAAGUCAUCUGAGAUUAAAAUGAAGAAAUCAGAUGUAAGGGACAAACCAAAAGGAAAAAAGAAAUAUCCACCCAGAGAGGAAAUUUCCAAAGUCAGAGAGGAGAAAAGGGAAGCGUUGAGAAAAGCUAAAACAGGCAGGCAGGAAGAAAAAUCCUGACAAAAGAGAACGAGUUGAAGACAUUGUCUAGUAAACUGUAUCGGAGACAGAAGACAAGGCAGUUGAAAUACGCAAAAACCAGGGAAGAAUGCUUUAAUGUUGAGAUACAAUGUGUUGUAUGAUUGCCAUCUUUGGCAAAAGGGGGUCUAAUUUACAUCUUUAUUAGUGCCAUUUUUGUAUACUUAAAAAGAACUGUAACUUUACAUAAUGGGUUGUUGAGCUGUGUUAUGAUCAAACAGCAUCCCAAUUACUUGCAGGGUAAUUUUUCUGGUCUAGCUGGAUAAAGAUGUACUCAGGGAUUACAUGUAGAGGGGUAUUGCUAUAAAUAUUCUGAGGCAAAGCAAUUUGUCAUCAUCUAUUUUUUGAUUUAGGAUUUUACCAUGGUCGGUGUGUUUAAUUUUUGGUUAUUUGACUCAAAGCAUAUAUAUAAUGGCAAGUUGCCGGUUGUCCUUGA